AUGCUUGUGAGCUACCCUCGCUCGACGAUCACGGGGAAUUCAAUCUGUCGUUUAUGGGCGUAUUUGGCUUUGACGGUUUUUCCACUUUUUUAUUCACCGAGCAAAUCACUUUUUACAUUAUUACUCUUGUUUGCUAAUUUAUUUUUAUACGCUUUACGAGUUAAUCGUAUUGGUGAUUGGGGAACACAGUUCGAAGUGUUGGUUGGACACGUCUAUUAUAAAUAUUCUAUAAAUGUAAAUGAACCACCUCCUAUUAGCGACGACUUGCAGAUAUUUCGCAAGGUAAUACGAAUGUGUAGUGCAGAGCUUCCGUUUAGAACCCCAACUCAUGCAUUCUUUAGGAAUGACGUUUCAUAA